AUGAAAUCAGAAUAAAAACACUUGACAUUCAAAAACGUAACAGAAGCGUAAGAUGCCUUUAUAUGAAACGUUUUGUCACGCUGGGCUGUCAUGGACCACGUGGUGGCGUUAUUGCGUCAUGACGUAAAAAGAAUCACCGAAUCGUUUUGAACCGAGUCAUCGAGAGGAACUGUUCGAAAGAAACGAUUCCUCUAAACGAGUCGGACUUCCCAAAACCAGCGCGCGCACGAUCCCGUGUGAGUAGCGCGAAGAGCUCGUUUCUCCUCCCACGCGCCUGGAACGUCAGUACGUUUUCACGCAUGCGCGCCAGGAUUCAUGUCAAGGCACAAAAGUGGCGCUCUAUCGUCUCCAGCUCUAAUCCGGUUGUUGCCUAAGCGAUGGAUGGAGAUUUGGAAGCCAGGGCAGAUGUUGAAGAGGCAGGUACAGUCACAGGGGAGGAGGAGGGGGAAAGACAUAUGGAAACCACACCCAGAACAGAGCAGACUCCAUCUGCAGAUGAGCCACAGACAGCACCAGACCUGCCCAAGGCCUCAGAAGACAAUGAUGAUGAUGUAGUAUUGGUGGAAGAGCCUCCUGCUCACUCUCAGCCCCCCAGUCCCACACCUGCAGAGACCCUCGCUGCUGCCAAAGACUGUGCGGAGUCGGCUACCACGGCAACAGCUUCCUCCAAGGCGCCCAGUCCUCCCGCCUCUGCAGCUACCACCAGCACAGCCGCGUCCACAACAGCCAAAAGCCAGAGCGAGCCAAUCGUUAUUGACGACGAGGAGGAUUCGGAGCUCAAGGGGGCUGCCUCUUCCUCGCUGCCGCCCCCUGAGGCCGAGGAUGCCCUGAGCAGUACGGAGCCUGACUCUGAAAUCAAAAUUACUAGCGUAACCACGCUGGGAACGGACUCUUCGGCGGUUGCCAUGGCAACGUCAACAGCAACGCCACUGGCGCUGUGCGCUCAAGAGGAUAUAAACCUCAUGAUCACGAACGUGACGUCGCUGAAAGGCGAGGGUGGUCCAGCGGCCACACGGUUGGAUGGAUUGGAGGGGGCUGAGAAUGGUCUGCAGAUCAGCAGUGCGUUCAGCCUGAACCCAGAGGCCCAGCAGAACCAGGGUACAGCCAGCAGACCUUCACCCAUGUUCAACCCGGGACGCAUCGGUGCUGCGAGCCAGCCUGUGCAGAAUGGAGAAACGGGCACACACCAAAGAUCUGAUUCAUGGAUCUCCCAGUCGGCCUCUUUUCCCCGUAACCAGAAGCAGCCUGGAGUGGACUCUCCGUCUCCUGCAGCUCCUCUGCCCAAACCACCCUGCCAGUCGUCCUCAGGAUCCCAGCAGCCGCAGCGCACCAUGAAAGUCACAUGCGCCAACUGUAAGAAGCCUUUGAAGAAAGGCCAGACUGCGUACCAGCGCAAGGGCUCGUCCCACCUCUUCUGUUCGACAACCUGCCUGUCUGCCUUCUCCCACAAGCCCGCUCCCAAGAAGAGCUGCACCAUGUGCAAGAAAGACAUUACCAAUAUGAAAGGAGGCACCAUAGUGGCCCAGGUGGACUCCAGUGAAUCAUUUCAGGAGUUCUGUAGCACUGGCUGCUUGGCAGCUUAUGAAAACAAACAGAAUCCUCAGAAGAACCAGCUCAAAACAAAGUGCACCGUCUGUGGAACGCUCACUGAGUCUUACUGCACCACAGCCUGUAUGACCAAGAGCAAAUUCGCAGCUGCUGCACAGAAUUCUGAGCCCUCAUGCCACUUCUGUAAGAGAAAUGCAUUACCUCAGUACCAGGCAACUCUACCUGAAGGGAAGGUUUUGAGCUUCUGCAGUUCACAAUGUGUCACCAAGUUUCAGAAUGCCACCAUCCAAACAUCAGCCAAUGGGCAAUUUCCUGCUUCAGCUUCUGAGAACAUCCAGCUGAAAUGUAACUACUGUCGUGGUUCCUUCAACCUGAAGCCAGAGAUUCUGGAGUGGGAGGAUAAGGUGUAUCAGUUCUGCAGUAAGACCUGUUGUGGGGACUACAAGAAGCUCCACUGCAUAGUGACGUUCUGUGAAUACUGUCAGGAAGAGAAGACUCUGCAUGAGACUGUGAAGUUUUCGGGUGUUAAGAGGCCCUUUUGUAGUGAAGGAUGUAAGUUACUGUUCAAGCAGGAUUUCGCCAGGCGUCUGGGCCUGAAGUGUGUCACUUGCAACCACUGCACCCAGAUGUGUAAGAAAUCUCUCACCAAACAAAUAGACGGAGUCAGCAGGGACUUCUGCAGUGAGACGUGUGCUAAAAAGUUUCACGACUGGUACUACAAGGCGGCACGCUGCGACUGCUGUAAGGUACAGGGGAACCUGACGGAGUCUGUGCAGUGGCGUGAAGAGAUGAAGCGUUUCUGUGACCAGCAGUGUCUUUUGCGCUUCUACUGCCAACAGAACGAGCCCAACAUGGCCACGCAGAAAGGCCCAGAAAACACAGCUUUAGGGUUUGGAGGAGCAACCCAAGCAUCUAAGAUGUCGUUUACUCAGGGGCCUGUAUCGUAUGCUGGGGGAGGGAUCCUGAAGGAUGUGAAAAAUAAAGCUGUGCUCUGUAAGCCCCUCACUAUGACCAAGGCAACCUACUGCAAACCCCACAUGCAGAGCAAACUACUGCAGACAGAUGAGGCAGGUGUGGAGGGCUCAGGAAAGGAGUAUGUUCCUGUUCCAAUCCCUGUUCCCGUUUACAUCCCAGUUCCCAUGAACCUCUAUGCUCAGGCCACGCCCACUCCUAUUGCAAUACCUGUACCGGUGCCUGUACCAGUGUUUCUACCAACCACGCUGCAGAACGCUGAGCAGAUUGUGAAGACCAUCAGUGAGCUCAAAGCCAAAGUCCCCUCUGACCCUCUGGAAGCUGAUCUAAUAGCGAUGGCUGAAGUGAUUGCACAAGAAGAUGAGAAACCCAAAUGCUCAAACAUCAAAUGUGAAAAGAGCAGUAGAGAAGUGAAGAUGGAAAGUGUAAAACAUGAAAAUGGCAGUGGCAGCUCAGAAGAGGAGGAAGAAGACAAGUAUGAACCAGAUUUGGACCUGGAGAAGGACAUGCCCCUUGCAUCAGAGCCCAUCCUGGUUGAGUGUCUGGAUACAGACACACUCUUCUCAUUGCCUCCAAUCCUGUCGGAGGAGAAAGAGAAGACGCCUCGGCCCAGAACCAGGAGGAGGGGCCAGAAGAGGCGGGCAGUAGAGGAAGAGUCUUCAUCCUCAUCCUCGUCACCAACGGUAGAGUCCUCAGCAGCAGACAGCUCUUUCUCCUUGAACACCAGAUACGGCUUAAAUGCAUGGAGGAGAUGGGCCGCAUCUGAAGCCUCACCGUCCAGCCCGUCCAAAGGAAAGGAGAGGAAACAAGUUAGUCUCCUGUCCCUGGGCCCAGCCGAGCUGAAUCAGUCUUUAUCUCACUUUGUCAAAGAGGUGCGUCGGCCCCAUGGGGAGCGCUAUACUCCAGACAGCCUCCUUUACCUCUGUCUCGGCAUCCAGAAGCAUUUACAAGAUAAAGGAAGGACGGAUGACCUCUUUGGUGACCCGCAGUACCACAUGUUUGGGGAAGAACUGAACAAGCUCCUCAAAGACUGGCAAUCCAGUGUCCUUCCUGAUGGUUCUCGGUGGGGUCGUGUUGAAGAGCAGCAUCUGUGGAGCAGUGGGCAGAUUGGGGAGCAGACGCCCUCUGUCCUGCUGAGAUCUCUCCUUUAUCUCAACACCAAAUACUUUGGUCUCCGCACCACUGAACAGCACUUACGCCUCUCGUUUGGGAAUGUCUACGGCCCAAGCAGUUCCAAACCACACAGCCACGAGACCACCGUCUGUAUACGCAUCCCCUCCAUCUCACAGGAGCAGCACGAGCAAUCAGGAAGUAAGAGGAGGCGUAAAGACGACUGUGACUCAAACUUUGAGGCGGACAGUGGUUCAGGAGGAUCUGCUCACUGUCCUGUUAAGAAACAUGAGUGCAGACUGUAUGAGCUUUACCUUUCGAAGUGCCCAGAGUCUGUGAGACAGAGGACCGAUUUUUUGUACAUGAAGCCAGAGGUCUCUGCUUCCUCGGACAGUCAGCUGUGGUUCAGCUCGACGCCUCUAGAGAAGAGCGCUUUGGCUAGGCUCCUGACUCGAGUGCUGCUGGUCAGAGAUAUCUAUAAGGACAACCAGCACGAAGAGGAGGGAGUUUAGAGGCCGAUGCUCUGAAGACUUCUUACUAUGCUGUCAUGACACCCUGUGCAUCACCGACGAGCUGCUUUCCAUGUCACACCCCGUCUUUCUCCUUUUAAACACACUGAUCCCAAUACUGCUAAGAGCUGAUGUCAGGAUGGAUAUUGAUAUUGGUGGGAUUAUGCUGAUUCAGAUCAGUCUUCCCAAAGACCCUGACCCUGAGGAGUUGAGGUUUUCUCGAGAAACUUGACCUACAGGAUGCUGCUUUCUUCCUCUUCCUCUCCCCGCCCCCCCCUCCUUCUUUUCAAUUUGUUAGAAACUUUGGUUCAUGUAGCAUUACUUGUGAGGCCACUGUGGUCUGAAAAAUAUUUCUGCUAACAGUCUAGUCUGUUAGCAGACAGAAGACAGGAACUUUGGUCCUGUAAAGUAAUGGAUUCAAGGAGGA